AUGGCACCAGGGCCAGCAAAAGCCGAAAAUGAAGCACCACCUUCCAAAGAUCGGGAUGAUAUACUAAAUCAAUUACCUGUAAAUACGAUAUAUAAUGAAUUCGAGAAUGUCGAUAACAUAAAUAACUAUAGUAAUUUUUGCAAAUUAACACAAACCAUAAAAGAUAAAUAUACGGAUUUUGAGAAAUUUGAGGAUUUAUGUAAAAAAUUUGCUUAUAGCUUAGAUCGUAUAUUUUCAAAUAAGUAUAAAGGAAAAAAUAUGGAACACUGUAUAUUGCUGAAAUACUGGAUUUAUGACGAAAUAAAAAAAAUUUUUAGCGCUGGUGAUAAGUUAAAUGUGCUUUUCCUAACUGAAGAACUUAAAAAAUUGCAAUAUAAUAUUCAAAAGGAAGAAUCAGUUAUAUUUGAUUGUUACGAUGAUUAUAAUGAUUAUAUGAGUAAUUGGGAAGUAGAGAGAAAUUUAUUUGAAUAUUUUAUAAGUUUCCAUAAAAUUAAAAAUAAAAGUAAUUUUUCUACUGAGGAAACAGACAAAUAUAUUAAGUAUGUGAAAUAUAUUAAGACAAUAUACGACGAGAAGAUAAAUAAAGAACAUUGUUGUGAUUUAAAGUAUCGCCACCUUUAUGAUCAUUAUUUUGAUUGUAAUCCAGAGUAUAAUCCCGAUAAUCUCUUGUCAAAGCUUAAUGGUGAAAGCAAAAAACCUAAUAGUGAAGUACAAGCUCGAGAAGCUAAGACAAAAUCUUUAAAACAAACUGGAUCUGGUGAGGAUGAAACCGAAGAAUCAGAUAAAUACGAAAUUGUUAUCCCGAACGUACCAAUAGGAUGGAAUAAACGAAGAUACAAACAGAGAACGGAACUUUAUGAUGUAAAAUGUAUUAUGAAUUAUGCUGAUAGGAAGAACGGAUAUGCAUUAGUAUCGUGUUAUAACACUGGAAAAAAAUAUCCGAAUGCUGAAUAUAUAUUUAGGCCUACAAAAGAAGAGGAUGCAUUUUUUGCCAAAAUUAAGGAAGAAAAAAAAAGAGGUAUGGGUAGGGAAGCAACAAGAGAGGGUUCUCAGGAUUCUGUGCCUUCUAAACCAGGUGUUACGGAAACAUCUGCUGAAGGUCGAAAGAAUGAUGGAAAUUCCGCUACACCUAAACCUAAAAUCCAUGUUGGCAUACCGGAAUAUUUACGAGGAUACAGUUUACUAGGUGAAUAUAUAAAGGAAAGAAGUAAUGACACAUAUGGAAGUUACCAACCAGGUCGUGAAGCAGCAUUUACAUAUUCAGGCUCAGGAAGGAGGUUUAUUCCGGGAGUAAACGAAACACAAGUAGGUUGGACGUAUACUAAACUAGAAAAUGGAAAAGUAAAGUCUGUAGUUGAAGCAGACGUUGAAAAACAUGUAAUUCCUGUAAAUGGAGGAGGCCAAAAUGAAGGCACAACAUCAACUAUUACAGAAUCUCCUUCUACAGAAUGGCUCGAUGGUUCAGAACUCACGGAGGUGAGUAUGUUCAAAACACCUAUGUUCCGCGGUUCUACCUUAGCAGUAUUAUUAGUAGGAAUAGUGUUCGUUUUUUUUAUUUAUUACAAGGUAUACGAUAAUUAUAAAAUGUGUGUAUACAUAAAUUAG